AUGGACGAGUUUUCAUUUCCUUUUCCUCCCUAUGACAUACAGUUAAAUCUUAUGAAAGAGAUCAGCCAUUGCAUUGAAAAACAGCAGAUUGGAAUUUUCGAAUCUCCGACGGGUACAGGAAAAUCGCUGAGUGUCUUAUGCGCGACGAUGACGUGGUUAGAGGAAGUCGAACGCAAGACAGAAGAGGAUUUGCGAAAGGAUGCAAAUCUGAAGGAGGAUGUUGAGGAAGAGGACUGGAUAGCUGCUCACAAAAAAAGGUUGGAGAUCAGGAAAAUCAAAGAUGAGGCUUAUGACAAGUUGAAAGCAUUGGAUAAAGUAAAAGAGAAGCUGGCUGAUGCAAAGGCAGGUUUGAUCACUCGAGAUCGGAAACGUCGUCAUCUGGAUGUAGGGUCCUUGGAAGGAGACGAGCAAGAUGCUGGGGAUGUUGCUGCAUGCGCUCCACCAGAGGAUUACGCUUCAGACGAAGAGCUGGAUGCAGGUGUUGAGCAACCGAUGAAAGUUGUCAAGGUGUUCUAUGCUUCUAGGACUCAUUCUCAAUUAGAACAACUUCUUGAUGAGUUGAAGAAGACAAGAUUUGCCCCGCGAGUCGUUACCGCUGCGUCACGACAAACUCUUUGUGCCAAUGAGAACGUUCGCCGCCUCAAAUUCAGCCAUCUCGUCAAUGAGAAGUGCAUGGAAUUGCGAAAAGGAAACAUUGGCGAAGGGAAGAAAGUCAAAAUAGUUGGAAAAGAGAAUUGUGCAAACAAUAGGAAGUCAUCGUGCAAAUGUCCAUAUUACAAAUCCGAUGCCAUAGAAGAACUGUCAAAUGAGAUUCUAGCAAGGGCAACUAUUAGACCGAAUGAGGUAUUAGAUCGAGGAAAACAACUGGUUGCUUGUCCGUACUUUGCCACAAGGCUUUCACUACCACUUUGCCAGCUGGUCUUGUUGCCGUAUCAGGUGAUUCUUCAUGCUUCAACUCGAGCCGCUUGGGGAAUCGAUCUGAAGGGAAAUGUUUUAGUUCUAGACGAAGCUCAUAACGUGUUGGAAACCGUGGGUGCACUAUACGCUGCUGAACUAACAUCUACCUCUACUACACUAGCCCUUUCUUUGAUUCGGGAAUACAUUGAUACCUACAGAUCUCGAUUGAAAGCGAAGAACUUAAUGUACGUGAAGCAAAUUUUGUCUGUGGUAGCUGCUAUAGAUCAAUUCUUGAGAAAAAAUGAUAGCAAAACGGAGGAUGUUCUCACUAUCCAAGGAUUUCUGAUAGCACUGGGAUUAACAGAUGUGAAUCUGUUCAAACUUAUUCACUAUAUGGACGCUACGGAUAUGUGCAGGAAAUUUCAUGGAUUUUACAUUCGUUCAAUGAAAAUGAAGGUCAACAUCGCAAAAGAGCCUGCGGCAAAAAGUGGAAUCGCAAAAUUAAUGGCGAAUAAAAAGCCAGCAACACCUGCGCCCGUACCCACUACUGAAGAUAAGGACCGAACAUACCCUUCUCCAUUAUUUACCAUCAAAGCGUUCUUGGAAGCAUUGAAUAAUCGCUGUGAAGAUGGAAGAGUCAUAGUCGAGCGAAAAGGAACUGCUGCGAAAUUGCGCUUUAUCCUUUUGAACCCUGCUUCCCGUUUGAUGGAAGUGGUCAGAGAAGCGCGAGCCACCAUUCUGAUUGGUGGAACUAUGGAACCUGCUGGCUUAUUGGUUGACUGUUUGUCUCGAGGAGGUGCAGAAAAAAGCAUUCGCCGCUUUACCUGCUCCCAUGUCAUCGACAACCAUCAGCUUCUAGCCCUUUCCAUAGCAAAAACUGUUAAUAACCAAAACUUCACGCUGACAUUCGAAUCAAGGAGCAACAUGGAAUGUAUGAAGACGGUAGCGGAAACUCUCCUAAUCUUAGCUCGAGAAGUGCCGAAUGGAUGCGUCGCCUUCUUUACCAGUUACGACUACCUGUCGCUAUUUCUGUCAGUCAUAGAGAAAAAUGGGAUUGUCAGAAAGUGUCAAUUGAAGAAACCACUGUUUGUGGAACCUCGAGGUGCCUCAGGCAAUGUUUGGGAUCGUUUUGCCUUAGCCGCCAAAGUUGGCGCAGGUGCUCUACUGUUUGCUGUGGCUGGUGGGAAGCUUAGCGAAGGCAUCAACUUUAGUGAUGAACUUGGACGAGCUGUCUUCAUGGUGGGGUUACCGUAUCCAAAUAAAAACAGCAUAGAGCUUAGAGAAAAAAUGACGUAUCUAGAUUCCCAACUUUCUGGAGGAGGAAACCAACUUUAUCAGUCUUUAUGCAUGCAUACAAUCAAUCAAGCUAUAGGACGAGCCAUACGACACAGAAAUGACUAUGCGGUGGUUUACCUACUUGACCUAAGGUUUACACGGAACGACGUUAUCUCGAAACUGCCUGGAUGGAUUUCAAAACGACUUAAAUGUCCUUCUUCGUUCACAGAAGCAGUGACGUUAACAAAAACAUUUUUUAACAACAAGAAAGUGUGAUGACUACAGUAGCUGAUAUAUUGUGUUGAUGCGGGUCAUUUGCAUUUUAUCCAUGUUUGUACAUCGAUACUCAUUUUCUGUAAAAUAACUGGUCUCUUAUACGUUCUCAAACAUAAUCAUGGUUAUGUGAAUGAUAAUGUUUGUGUUAUAUUGAUUGCAUGCAGUUUCAAUAUAUUUCCAAGUGAAGCAUAU